CCAUAUCUCCUCUGGUUCAAGACCGGGAGGGUGUCCGUCUCUUUCAGUCUCAACCAUUUCCUUCCUUCACUCAGGACCCCUGUUUCUGCACAUCUCCUAUCAGUGACCUUAUCACAGCUUUGCUCAGCCGCCUUCCUUUGGGAGGAGCUGAAAAAAGCCAGCAGGGGGAAUUUGUCAGGAGGAUAAUGCCCAAAAGUCACGCUUGCAGGCAUUUUACAUAACUGAUAAUAUACCGAUUUUUUUCUUCGAAAACAAAUAGAGUGGAGUACGGCUACUUCAGCUCAGGGUGUCCCCUUGGCUGUUUUGGUGAGAGAAGAUGAGGAGGCAUCGGUUGUUACCGCUAUGUGCCCUCCUGGGCGUCCUGUUUGCAGGGCUCCUCCCUAACCUUGAGGCUCAGGAAGAUUGUGCACAAGGGUUGGAAGCUGAUAUAUACUUUCUAGUGGAUUCAUCUUGGAGUAUGGGCAAGGAGAACUUUGAACAUGUCAGACAAUUUCUGUAUAGCUUGAUACAAUCACUUCACCAGGCUGGAGGGGACAGGUUUAAAUUUGCCCUCGUGCAGUACAGUAACAAGCCUCGAACUGAGUUCCAGCUGAACAGCUACCCAACAACACAGGGAGUCCUGGCACACAUCAAGGCUAUGCCGUACCGUGGCGGAGGCACCCGGACUGGCCUGGGCCUGGAUUUCCUGAUUCGUACACACUUGACCACUGCUUCGGGCAGCCGCGCUGUUGAAGGUGUGGCCCAGGCGGUGGUGGUGCUAACGGAUGGGCGCUCCCAGGAUGACGUGGCCGAGCCGGCUCAGGUGCUGUGGCUGGCAGGCGUGGAGGUGUUUGCGGUCGGAGUUCAGGAUGCGGUUGACUCGGAGCUCAGGGAGAUGGCUAGCAAGCCCCAUGACAUUCAUGUAUUCAGUGUAGACACUUUCCUGACUUUGAGGGAUAUAAUCCAAGAUUUAGUAGUGGGGCUUUGUGACGCAGUGACCCGGUCAGGGGGUGGUCCUGUGGCAAACGAGGCCCCCGUGGCUGGAGGAGGGACAGCACAAGAAUCAGCUGACCUAGUACUCUUAAUUGAUGGAUCACAGAACGUUGGAGCAGCAAACUUCCCCUUUGUGCACGAUUUGGCUUUGAGAAUCAUUGAGCGCCUUGAUGUGGGCAGGGACACUGUUCGGGUGGCCUUGGCUCUGUACAACGGCAACCCGCAGAUAAAGUUCUAUCUAAAUAGCUAUGACAGCAAGUCAUCAGUCCUGGAAGCGGUGAAGGGCCUUGCCUACUCAGGGGGUGACGAGUCUAACCUGGGGCUCGCCUUGGAGGAAGUGGCAAAGAGCCUGUUGAGCCAAACAGCUGGGGGCAGGGCAGACGAGGGUGUGCCCCAGAUCUUGGUGGUUGUCAGUGCUGGGCCAUCCACUGAUGAUACUGGUGCCGGUGACCGGGCCCUUAAGAGGGCCAGUGUUAUCACAUUCGGCAUAACGAUUGGUGACACUGCCACUGCUGAUCUGGAAGCAGUUGCUACAGAUAAAAGUUUUGUCCUGUCGACCCCUGAUUUCAGAGCAGUGGCGAGCAUGGGUGACCAGCUGCUCCCAUACAUUAACGGGGUGGUCCAGCGCACCAUUAUAGUUCAUAACGAGUUCACAGAAGUUGUGGCUGUGGGACAACGAGACAUCAUCUUCCUAAUUGACAGUACAAUGGGUGCAACGAUCAUCAACUCUGUGCGCGAAUUCAUCAGACGGUUUGUCGACAUCAUGCCAAUUGGCCCAGACCAAGUACAAGUGGGUGUGGUCCAGUUCAGCAAUAUCCCUCGACUUGAGAUGGAUCUCAACUCCCAUGGAUCCAGGGAGGAAUUAACUGCUGCUCUGGGCUCUAUCAAACCAAGGUCUGGCCAGACAAUCAACAUUGGAGCAGCCUUGGACUUUGUGCGGACGAAUAUGCUGCGGUCUGAGAAGGGAAGUCGUAUUCAACAGGGGGUACCCCAGGUUUUACUGUUGAUGACCAGCAAAACGUCCAGUGACAGUGUGGAGGCACCUGCUAUGGCCCUGCAGCGACUGGGUGUAUUGACUCUAGCUGCAGGCUCCAAAUCGGCUGACGAGCAGGAGCUGCGAAAGAUUGCCUUUGCGGACAGCUUUGUAUUCCAUAUGAGGGACUUCCGCUCACUGGUUCGCAACCCAAAGGCAAUCGUUAAUGCUCUCUCCACUUUAGCUGGGGUGGUGGUGACUGAGGUACCCACUGAGCCAGUGAUGGAGAUAACUACAGUGCAGACUCAAAAAGUGGUCCGAGACAUUGUCUUCCUUGUGGAUGGCUCAAACUACAUUGGCAGCAGUAACUUGCCCUAUGUGCGAGACUUCAUGAUCAACGUGGUCAACCAGCUGGAUGUACGUCCUGAAAGGGUUCAGAUUGGUCUCCUGCAGUUUGCUGAUCGUCAAAAAAUUGAAUUUUACCUAAACAGCUACAGCAGCAGGCAAGAUGUUGUGAACAAAAUCUCUCAACUCAGGCUGACUGGAGGCUCAGUUUUGAAUACAGGAGCUGCAUUGGACUAUGCCCUUGUCAACAUGUUCAAGGCAUCAACUGGCUCACGCAGGAGGCAGGGAGUUCAGCAAGUGUUAGUUCUGAUUACAGGUGGUCCAGCCCAGGACCAAGUUAAAUCGGUAGCCGAUAAAUUGGCUCUGUCUGGAGUUUUGACUUUCACCGUCACUUCUGGACAAGCAGAUGAAGCCCUUAUGAAAACAGUUGCCUUUGUUCCAGAUUUGGCUUACCAUGAAACAAGCUUCUCUAGUUUGCCAGCUAUGGCAGAACUAAUCAUGCCAAAGUUGAUAACAGUAGUUGGCGAUACAGAUGUGACAACAAUCCUAGAGGAAACUGUUGUUGCUGGAGCUGAAAGGGAUGUUGCCUUUCUCAUUGAUGGCACAGAAAAUGUUCAAGCAGAUUUUGCCUACAUCCGGGAUUUUAUCAUUAAAGUCAUUGAACCACUUGACAUUGGAACUGACAGGGUGCGAGUUUCAGUGGUUCAACACAGCGAGAGGCCAACUCCAACUUUCUACCUUGACACUUAUCAAACCAAAGAUGAUGUAAUAAGAGCUGUCAACGGAAUGACACUGGCUGGUGGACGUAGCCUAAACACAGGAGCUGCUCUAAGAUUCAUGAAGGACACCAUCUUGUCCGAAAGGCAUGGUAGCCGGUCUGCGCGAAAUGUCCCUCAGUUUCUAAUCGUUUUGGCUGGAGGCAGGUCCAAGGAUAACGUGAAGGAUUCUGCUGGUGCGCUGAAAACACAGGGAGUCGUACCAUUUGGUGUUGGUGUUAAGGAUGCAGACCCAAAGCAGAUUGAGGCCAUUUCACACAACCCUUCCUUUGCCUUUAAUGUGAAGGAAUUCAGUGAGCUUAGCAGCAUACCACAAAGGCUCAAUAACUAUGUGGGACUUCCAAGGGAAGAGCUGACCCAAGUUCUACAACAAGCACAAAGCAAUGCUGCAAAAAGAGAUAUUGUGUUCCUACUGGAUGGCUCAGAUAACACAAGAAAUGGAUUCCCAGAGUUAAAACUAUUUGUUCAGAGCAUAGUUGAGAGCCUCUCUGUCAGUAAGAGCCAAGACAGAGUGUCUGUGGUUCAGUUUGCUGAUAAUCCUGAGAUCAACUUUUAUCUGAAUGCUCACAAGACAAAGAAUGACACCAUAAAUGCCAUAGAUAAUUUACGGCACAAGGGUGGGAGGCACCAUAAUAUCGGGAGAGCUCUCCAGUUUGUGAGGCACAGUGUCUUCACUUCCUCAACGGGCAGUAGAAGACUAGAAGGUGUGCCCCAGAUUUUAAUUCUCAUCAGUAGUAAACCAUCCACCGAUAAUGUGAGAAGCCCAGCCUUUGCUCUUAAAGAGCAUGGAAUUGUGUCAGUGGGGAUUGGAGUGGGAGAAGCCAAUACAAAGCAGUUGGAAAUGAUUGCCUACAAACCUGGUUUCACAUACAAGGUCACUGAUUUCUCCAAGUUGCCCUCAAUCCAAUCACAACUUGUUGUUACACUGAACAUAAACAAAGAAACAGGGGAAACCAUGACUGGAAUCUCUGAUUUAGUAGUUGAAUUAGAGUCCCCUCAAAGAGACAUAGUGUUUCUAUUGGAUGGGUCUGAUGACACACGGAGUGGCUUCCAAGCAAUGAAACAUUUUGUCCAAAGAGUGGUAGAAAGCCUCAGUGUUGGUGAGAACAAAGACCGUGUCUCUGUGGUCCAGUAUAGCAGAGAACAACAGACACAUUUCAGUUUGAACACCUACAAAGAAAAACAAAAUGUUCUAGCUGCUGUCCAACAGUUGAACCAUAAAGGAGGCAGACCCCUCAACACUGGGGCAGCUCUUGACUAUGUGAGGAAAAAUGCUUUCGCUGAAAACUCUGGGAGUCGACAUCAAGACGGUGUCCCUCAGAUAUUGAUUCUGCUGAAUGGGGGAAGAUCUCAAGAUGAUGUUGCAAGUGCCAUUGCGGCUCUAAAACAGGACAAAGUUGUUCCAUUCUGUGUAGGAACAAGAAAUGCAGACAUACUUGAGCUUCAAAUGAUUGCACAUAAUCCUUCCUAUGCGUUCUCUGUGCUUCGGUUUGAUGAUAUUGAGAGCAUCCAUCAACAACUUGUGUCAUUUGUAAAAAGGGUGCCUCGACAGCAGCCAAGACUAAAACCACACAAUGUAUUAGUUUCUGUAGAUCAAACUGAAUCCAUUCAACAUGAUAUUGUAUUUUUACUGGAUUCCUCGGACGAAAUGCAAAUCUUUUUUAAGGCAAUCCUUGGCUUUGUUGGGAGAAUGGUGGACAAAUUCAAUGUGGAGGAGAACAAAGAUCGUGUUUCAGUGGUGCAGUACAGCAGACAACCCUCUGUUGAAUUUUUUCUGAACACGUACAAAACACAGCAGAAGGUUGCUGACAAUGUGCGAAUUCUGAAGCAUAAAGGAGGCAGAACCCUCAAUACCGGUGCAGCCCUUCAGUACGUCAAGGAUAAUGUUUUCAAUGCCUCUUCUGGAAGUAGGCACCACCAGGGCGUCCCUCAGAUUUUGGUUCUCUUAACUGGCGGACGGUCAAAUGAUGAUGUCAGACAUGCCGUGGAGAACUUGAGAGGAAUUGGUGUGAUGUUAUAUGUGGUGGGAACAAAGAAUGCCGAUACCCUUGAGAUUCAGUCUAUUUCACAGGAAGCCAGUCAUGCUUUCUUUGCAGCAGAAUCCAGUGAUCUGUCAGACAUUGAACAACAUGUAUUUUCUGUCAUUAAGAAGGGUGUAACCACUUCUAUCAAAGCAGUAAUAAAUGAUACUGAGAAACAUGAUGUAGUAUUUCUUAUUGAUGGAUCACAUGACUCACGAAACGGCUUUGAAGAGAUACGAGGCUUUGUUAAACAAAUGGUAGAAAGUUUAAACAUAGACGAGAACAGAGACCAAGUGGCUGUUGUUCAAUACAACCGUGUCGCCACAGUCAAUUUCUACCUGAAUUCCUAUUCAUCCAAGAGCGAUGUGCUCAAUUCCAUUGGAACAAUAAGGCAUAAAUCGGGGAGACCCCUCAACAUUGGCAAAGCCCUUGAGUUUGUCAGACACAAUGUCUUUGCUGCUUCAGUUGGAGGUAGAAAUGCAGACUCAGUCCCUCAAUAUCUGUAUGUAUUUAGUGGUGGGAGAUCCGGGGAUGAUGUCAGAGGACCAGCACAGUCUCUCAAAGAAAAUGGGAUAAAGACUUUUACUAUUGGAACACAGAAUGCUGAUACUUUGGAAAUGCAAACCAUCUCUUUCACGCCUGCACAUUAUUUUCAUGUCAUAGAAUUUAACAAUCUGCAAAGCAUACAUCCAUCUGUGGAGGCCACAUUGAGGGGUACUGAAGACACAACUGAAUUUCCAACUGUUAUUGACACUAUUGGAAAAAUAAUACUCCAGAGCGCCGAUGUUGUUUUUCUAAUUGAUGGAUCUGAUGACAUGCGAGCAAGUGAAAGACACAUUUUGGAUUUUGUCAUAGAGCUUGUCAAGCAAAUGGAAAUUGGGCCAAGCAAAGUGCAAGUUGCAUUGAUUCAGUACAGCACAGAGCCCACUACUGAUUUUCUCUUGAAAACGCACUCACUGAAAGACGAUGUCUUGAGUCAUUUGAGCAAUGUAAAACUGAAAGGAGGGUCCACCGUGAACACAGGUGUUGCCCUUGGUUAUGUGAAGAACAAUGUGUUCACUGCUUCAUCUGGAAGCAGAGCUCAGCAGGGAGUCCCACAGAUACUCAUUCAUUUGAGUGGAAGAAAGUCAGAAGAUGAUGUUUUAGGUCCUGUGGACAAACUGAGAAAUGUUGGAAUUGUCCUUUUCAGUGUUGGAGUGAAUGAUGCUGAGAGGCUGGAGAUGAAACAAUUAGCCCACAGUCCUAAAGCAGAGUAUUUUAUCAAGGAGAUUUCUGACUUUCCUCUUGUGAGCGAACGACUGCUCUCAGACAUUGUAUCUUACAAAGGCACUGUCAGCACUGGUGUAGGUGAGUGAAAAUCGUACUUACUUAUCAGUUACAUCAACAGUAAUCAGAUUUCAUUUGAAUUGUUAACCAACACAAAUUUGCUUGAUUGUGAACAUUUCUAGGUUCA